UACAUACGAAUCUUUUUGUCGGUGCCAGCUUUACCAGGCUCGACGGUGGCCCCCCAAACGCUGGGCUUAUUACUAAUAUUGAGAUGAGCCUGGACCAUAGGUCAAUUCUCUAUGGGCAAAACUAAGGUCCCAACCGGAAACUUUAGCUGAUAUCGAUUGCAGUCAACACGGAAUUAAUUUCUACCUUAUCCACGCUGUGUAACCGACCCUGCGACGCAUGUGCAGAUGUAGCAAUGCAUAAUUAGUUAUGCACAAGGGAGGUAUUGCCAACGAGAGAAAGACAUGCAUAAUUAGCUAUGCACAAGGGAGGUAUUGCCAACAAGAGAAAGACAUGGAUAGUAAAGGAUAAAUUAUGAUUUUUAUAUUAAAUCACGAUACUAAUGUACCUCUAUUUAUCAAUUCAUAGAUUUUCACCCACGAUUUUUCAGCUUCGUACUAACGAACUAAUUACAGGCGAACUGUUUCCAAGUCAUUCAAGGGGUGGACUCAUCCCUCUAAUUCACUAAGUCAAUGGAUGGAGAAUCGUUAUGAUUUGAACACCUGGAACUCACCAUUUUCAUAGAUUGAAUUUGCCCACUGUGUAAAUCCAUUCCGACAGGUCUCGACGGGAUAAAACAAUCGAUCGGAAAUUAUGAACAAAUCUCUCUCGAUUCCCUCCAUCACCCCACCGCGAAAAAAAUAUAUUUUCAUUUGUAGUUGAAUCGAUAUAUUUAGUUACAUUAUUUUGAAUAUUCUUAACAUCCCAUAAUGUGUAUUCGACAAAAAAAUGUAUUAAUCUAUAUUUCAUUAUCAAAGCGUUGAUUAAUUCGUGGAAAUGUGCGAUUGUAGUGGAAAAUCAUGGCAAAGGGAAUACUAAAUUAAACAAAAUAACACUAAUUCUUAUCGUUUGUAUUUUAUUUCUUUAUUGACUUAUGUUUCUGAGAAAAAUUAACAUUUUCCGCCCCCUUUUAAAUCAUUUUGAAUUUUCAAAUAAUCUCAGGAGCGCGAAACAGCUGUGGAAAGUGGGGAUGACAAUGAAAUGAGGGGAAAGGGAAAGUAACCGUUGCGCUACCUCGUGGCGCUUGCGAGUCAUUGUCCCCUGUUUCUCCGCUUGACAAUACCCUGUCUCUACCUUCAGUCAAUCCUCUUUGACAAUACCUCUCUGUAUCAUACCCUACAUUUUUAAUUAUCCAUUUAAAAACGAAUGAGAUACUAACGAAACAUUUUAAACUCAGUACAAACGAGCACAAACCCAGUACAAAAGAUCGAAUUAGUUGAUUUUGAGAAGAAAUCACUUGUCGUGUAUCUUCUUUAUAUUGUUUACGUGACCGUAACAAUAUACAAAACAUCUUUCUGAAGAUGGAGGGACCCGAGAAUAAUUUCCAAAUUGUUUAAAAAAUUUGUUGUAGCGAUUGCUCUCAAGAAUGUGGAAGACCCGAGUUAUCAUUGCUUCUGAUAGAAUUUUUCCAGGCCUUAUUUAUCAUGACCGGGAAAAACAGUUUUACGACGCUGGGAACAUCAUCAAGUCCAGUCUGCCUCUACAAAUGGCUCUGUACUUCAAUCUCUGGCUCUUUCCAGUUUGGUUUUUCAUUAUUUUCUUAGGAAUAGACGCAAAGUACUAUUAUUUGAGUAGUCUUUAUAAAUUUAUUACUGUGACAUUAUACGUCACAAUUUCUACAUUGGAAUGCAUCAGACUGUGGUUUGGGUAUCUAGGGAACUUAGUUGAGAAGAUUCCUGAAUUAGCCAGUUUUUGGCUACUCUCGACUCUCCUCCAAUUUCCCCUGAUGAUGUUCAUGUUCUGGGAUGAGAAUAUGCAAUUAUUUUUCAUCGAGAGGCUGGCCACUGGCCUGAUGAUUGUCCUGGUGAUUGCUGAGAUAAUAAGUGGUACGAUAGCCCUCAAGAAUAUCGCGGAGCAUCACUCCAAGAGAUUUUAUAUGUCUCAACUGUGUGGCAUUGACAACAAAUACUGAGGAGUCAAUUACUGCUGAGAAGGCAGUUGGAAGUGGAUACUUUAGAAUGUUGCCAACGGAGUCCUCAGCGAAUAUUGUUAAUGGGGAGAGACAGUGUGGGGGUGGAAGAGGUACUAGGGCCUCGAGGGGUGGACGAGACCCGGGAAAUUGUCGAGAAU